UUAAUUCGUCGCGCAAGUAAAUGCAAGCUGUGUUUGUCAGCUAAACCGAGCUAGUACGUCUUGGCACCGAUUAAGCGAGUCCAUGCCUUCAGCUUCUGCGGGUUGCCCGUCUCGCAACCCCAUACACCAACCUGCAAGCCCACGACCACCACCGUGAGGGCCCUCUAAAACGUCGCACAGAAACCCGCUGCUGCUUCUUUUGCUCAUACGGUCCCGAACCACGAGUGCCAAAGGCCCCAGAAGUAAUCGCAGACACAGCAACCACGGCCUCAAGCGCUGACGUCGCCUGCUUGGCCCUCUCAACUUCGUGAAACUUCCUCCGUCGACUGGCAACUAUACACUGCUCCGCGCCCCUAAAAGCUCACCCUGCAGCAGCCAGUAUCUUAGCCCCGACCCUCUCCGCUGUUUGGUGGUCACCAUGUCGAAUACGAUUGUGGGCUCUGUGUACCAGCAGAUCAUCGAUAAGGUGAUUCAAGCCUCGCAAAAUGACUUCGAGGAGUUUGGCGUUGAUCAGUCGACGUUGGACGAGAUGAAGGAGGUAUGUGGCAACAUUUCCGUUCUACUUCCGUCGCUUUUCAUUGAUGCAACGGCCUUCUCAUUUUCCCGUCCUAUGUCGCAUUGCGUAUGUUGUUAUUUUCCGUUGAAGAAAAAAACUCGUUCUUUGUUUCUACUUGCGCUUUGUCGUCGUCGAGAGCGGUAUGCUGCCUGGCACUGGUUGGAGGUGAGGCUGGGCGAAAGCGGGGCUGAAGUUGCCGGUCGCUGGCAAACUCACUUGUCGAACCUCAAGAUCGCAGCCUUUCCAUGGGACCCGCAGCAAGAGCCGCCACGUCAGCCACCAACUGUUCCAUCUAAUGUGAAACAGGAAAUCGAGGUCUCCCCAGUCGUCUCGGCCCCUCAGCAGGAGACUGCCAACUUCACCAAUGUUGGGGUCAAGGCUGAGAGAGUCUAUGAGCCGCCUAUUUCAGCCUAUCCGCAGGUUCCCGUGAAUGGCUACACGUCUGGUCUCAACGACAACAUUGCACAUCAGCGAGCCAAUGCCCUCAUCGCUCAGCGUCUCGGUCAAGGCGGGCAUAACAUGCAGCAACAUCAGCAACAUAGUGGCCAAGUCCCGAUGCACUCCCAGCAACGUAUGAUUCCACCUCAACUGCAGCAACAGCGCGCCCAGCAGAUGCAGCAACGUCCGCACCCAGGCCAUGUCUACACGUCUCAAACUGACGGCUCCGACGGUGUCAUGGAAGAUUGGAAUGCUCUAGUAGCUGCUAAGGCUGCUGAGGGCGAUGAUGGGCCGAAUGGCCGCACCGCUGCCGACCGCUUGAUGCGUGCCCACGUUGAUGCUAUGGCGGCUCGCCAGGACAGUGGGCUAAUGAUGCCCCUUGACGAGAUGCCCAAGGGCAGGAAACGAAAGGCAGCGAUGCGAGUCUUGCAGGCUCAACAAGCUGAGGCAUCUUCCUCCUGCACCUCAGUGGUGCCUCGUGUCGCCCCCUUCGACGGGGAGCUUGACGGCGAAGAUGUCAAGGAAGAGAAUCCAGAAGACGCCAUCAACUCGGACCUUGACGAUCCAGACGAUGAUCUUGAGGGCGACGGAGACAAUGAUGACGAUAAUGUAGACUACAUGCUCUGCACCUACGACAAGGUCCAACGUGUCAAGAACAAGUGGAAGUGCGUUCUCAAGGACGGCGUCUUGACGACGAACAAGAAGGAGUUCCUGUUUCACAAAGCAACUGGUGAAUUCGAAUGGUGA